AUGACAUUAGAGCAUCAUGGAGAAAAAGCAAGGUGGCAUGUACAAGUGGUUAACAUCAUGUUUUCUUUUCUACAGCAGGAAAAACCUAGGCUUCUUGAGCCUUUGGAUUAUGAAGCUGUCAUUGAAGAACUUGAAAAGACCUAUCAAAAUGAUCCUCUUCAAGACCUCCUGUUCUUCCCCAAAGAUGACUUCUCAACAGCCACUGUUUCUUGGGAUAUCCGGACCUUGUACUCAACCGUACCUGAAGACGCAGAGCACAAAGCAGAAAAUUUGCUGGUAAAAGAGGUAAUGAACGCAAGCUUCCUUAGGUCAGGGACUUACUUUCAGAUAUGUGGCUGGCACUACUGUGGCUCGUCUAUAGCAGAAUACAAACCAGAGAAACUUCCUUCACAUUCCUUUGAGGUUGACCAUGAAGAUGCUGAUAAGGAUGAAGACACUACUUCCCACUCAUCCUCCAAGGGCGGCGGGGGAGCUGGGGGAACUGGUGUGUUCAAGUCUGGCUGGCUCUACAAGGGGAAUUUUAACAGCACCGUGAACAACACCGUUACUGUGCGGUCAUUCAAAAAGCGCUACUUCCAGCUGACUCAGUUGCCAGAUAACUCCUAUAUUAUGAACUUUUACAAAGAUGAAAAAAUAUCCAAAGAACCCAAAGGCUGUAUCUUUUUGGAUUCCUGCACAGGUGUGGUACAGUGCAACGGAUCAGUGUUUAAGGACAACCAGGGAAAUGUGGACAGAGACUCAAGAUUUUCACCAUUGUAUAGACAAGAAAGCAGCAAGAUUUCAACUGAGGACCUCCUUAAACUAGUGUCGGAUUAUAGACGGGCUGACAGAAUAAGCAAAAUGCAGACCAUACCCGGAAGCCUGGAUAUUGCUGUUGACGCCAUUCCUUUGGAACAUCCAAACUGUGUAACAUCAUCCUUUAUCCCUGUCAAGCCUUUCAACAUGAUGGCUCAACCAGAACCCACAGUGGAGGUGGAAGAAUUUAUUUAUGACUCAACAAAGUAUUGCCGUCCUUACAGAGUUUACAAAAAUCAGAUGUACAUUUACCCCAGACACCUCAAGUAUGACAGCCAGAAAUGUUUCAACAAGGCACGAAAUAUAACAGUGUGCAUUGAAUUCAAAAAUUCUGAUGAGGAAGGUGCGAAGCCUGUGAAGUGUAUUUAUGGAAAACCUGGAGGUCCUCUCUUUACCUCAGCUGCCCACACAGCAGUUCUGCACCAUUCCCAGAGCCCAGAUUUCUCCGAUGAGGUAAAAAUUGAGCUACCAACACAGCUCCAUGAUAAACAUCAUAUUUUGUUUUCUUUUUAUCACAUCACAUGUGACAUCAAUGCAAAAGCCAGUGCCAAAAAGAAGGAGGCUCUGGAAACUUCAGUGGGAUAUGCAUGGCUUCCUCUGAUGAAACAGGAUCAGAUUGCUUCUCAAGAGUAUAACAUCCCAAUAGCAACUAGUCUGCCUCCUAAUUAUUUAAGCAUUGAAGAUUCUUCAAGUGGAAAGCAUGGUGGGAGUGACAUUAAAUGGGUUGAUGGCGGCAAACCACUUUUCAAAGUGUCGACAUUUGUGGUCUCAACAGUGAACACUCAGGAUCCACAUGUGAAUGCAUUUUUCCAACAGUGCCAAAAAAGAGAGAAAGACAUGUCUCAGUCACCUACCUCAAGUUUCGUCCGCUCUUGUAAGAAUUUAUUAAAUGUGGAAAAGAUUCAUGCAAUCAUGAGUUUUCUGCCUGUAAUCUUGAAUCAACUCUUCAAAGUCCUGGUACAGAAUGAGGAAGAUGAAAUAAGUACAACAGUCACCAGGGUUCUGGCCGACAUUGUGGCCAAGUGCCAUGAAGAGCAGCUAGAAGACUCUGUCCAGUCAUACAUUAAGUUUGUGUUCAAAACCAUGGUCUGCAAGGAGAGAACAAUACAUGAGGAACUGGCUAAAAAUGUGACUGGUCUUUUGAAGUCAAAUGACUCAACAACGGUAAAGCAUGUUCUAAAGCUUCCCCGGGCCCAAAGAUUUCCUGAAUCUUACCAGAAUGAACUGGAUACUCUUGUGAUGGUCCUGUGUGACCACGUGAUUUGGAAAUACAAGGAUGCACUUGAAGAAACAAAGAGAGCGAACCACAGCGCUGCCAGAUUUCUUAAGCGCUGCUUUACGUUCAUGGAUCGAGGAUUUGUGUUUAAGAUGGUCAACAAUUACAUCAGCAUGUUCUCUUCCGGUGAUCUCAAGACCUUAUGCCAGUAUAAAUUUGAUUUUCUUCAAGAAGUAUGUCAACAUGAACAUUUCAUUCCAUUAUGUCUCCCCAUAAGAUCAGCAAACAUUCCAGAUCCUUUGACCCCUUCAGAAUCAAUUCAAGAGCUACAUGCCUCAGAUAUGCCUGAAUAUUCUGUCACAAACGAAUUUUGCCGCAAACAUUUCUUAAUUGGAAUUCUGCUCCGAGAAGUUGGCUUUGCCCUGCAGGAAGACCAAGAUAUCAGGCACUUAGCUUUAGCUGUCCUAAAAAAUUUGAUGGCUAAGCAUUCAUUUGAUGAUCGAUAUAGAGAACCAAAAAAGCAGGCCCAGAUAGCAAGUCUCUACAUGCCUCUGUAUGGCAUGCUGCUGGACAAUAUGCCGAGGAUCUACCUGAAGGACUUGUACCCUUUUACUGUCAAUACCUCUAAUCAGGGAUCUAGAGACGACCUAAGCACCAAUGGAGGAUUUCAAACCCAGACAUCUAUGAAACAUGCAACCUCUGUGGAUACAUCAUUUUCUAAAGAUGUUUUGAAUUCCAUAGCAGCAUUUUCAUCAAUAGCUAUUUCUACAGUAAACCAUGCUGAUUCCAGAGCAUCUCUAGCAAGUCUUGACUCUAAUCCCAGCACCAAUGAGAAGAACAGUGAGAAGACGGACAACUGUGAAAAGAUCCCAAGACCCUUGUCUUUGAUUGGGUCAACUCUUCGAUUUGACAAGUUAGAUCAAGCAGAAACCAGGAGUCUUCUUAUGUGCUUUCUUCACAUUAUGAAAACAAUUUCAGACGAGACUCUGAUAGCCUACUGGCAGAGAGCACCCAGUCCAGAGGUGUCUGACUUCUUCAGCAUCUUAGAUGUUUGUCUUCAAAAUUUCAGAUACCUAGGAAAACGAAAUAUAAUAAGAAAAAUUGCUGCUGCCUUUAAAUUUGUUCAGUCUACACAGAACAAUGGGACUCUCAAAGGAUCCAAUCCUUCCUGCCAGACAUCAGGUCUCUUAUCACAAUGGAUGCAUACCUCUUCCAGUCAUGAAGGGCAUAAGCAUCACAGAUCACAAACUUUACCUAUAAUUCGAGGCAAAAAUGCCCUUUCCAACCCCAAACUUCUCCAGAUGUUAGACAACACCAUGACCAGCAACUCCAAUGAAAUAGAUAUCGUGCACCAUGUAGACACGGAAGCCAAUAUAACCACAGAAGUUUGCCUCAGUAUUCUAGACCUGUUAUCCCUCUUCACUCAGGUUCACCAGAGACAACUCCAACAAUCUGACUGUCAAAAUUCACUGAUGAAAAGGGUCUUCGAUACCUACAUGCUCUUUUUCCAAGUCAAUCAGUCUGCCACAGCACUGAAGCACGUGUUUGCCUCUUUGAGAUUGUUUGUAUGCAAGUUUCCUUCAGCAUUCUUCCAAGGGCCUGCUGACCUCUGUGGAUCAUUCUGCUAUGAAGUCCUAAAAUGCUGUAACCACAGGUCACGGUCAACUCAGACUGAAGCCUCAGCACUUUUAUACUUCUUCAUGAGGAAGAAUUUUGAAUUUAACAAACAGAAGUCAAUUGUCCGGUCCCACUUACAACUCAUCAAAGCAGUAAGCCAGUUAAUAGCCGAUGCUGGAAUUGGAGGCUCUCGGUUUCAACAUUCCCUUGCAAUCACCAAUAAUUUUGCCAACGGAGACAAACAAAUGAAAAAUAGCAAUUUCCCAGCAGAGGUGAAGGACCUCACCAAACGUAUAAGGACUGUUUUGAUGGCCACUGCUCAGAUGAAGGAGCAUGAGAAGGACCCUGAGAUGCUGGUGGACCUCCAAUACAGUCUGGCAAACUCCUACGCAAGCACCCCUGAACUGCGGAGGACCUGGCUGGAAAGCAUGGCCAAGAUUCACGCAAGAAACGGAGACUUAUCUGAGGCUGCUAUGUGUUACAUCCAUAUAGCUGCACUUAUCGCAGAGUAUCUGAAAAGAAAGGGUUACUGGAAAAUGGAAAAGAUUUGCACACCAUCCCUGCUCCCAGAGGAUACCCUUCCCUGUGAUAGCAAUCCAUUACUAACAACUCCGGGUGGAGGAAGCAUGUUCUCUAUGGGAUGGCCAGCUUUUCUGAGCAUCACACCAAAUAUUAAAGAAGAAGGAGCAAUGAAAGAGGAUUCUGGAAUGCAAGAUAUACCAUAUAAUGAGAAUAUCCUGGUGGAGCAGUUGUACAUGUGUGUGGAGUUUCUUUGGAAGUCUGAGCGAUAUGAACUCAUCGCUGAUGUCAACAAGCCCAUCAUUGCUGUCUUUGAGAAGCAACGAGACUUUAAAAAAUUGUCAGAUCUCUACUAUGACAUUCACCGAUCAUAUCUAAAAGUAGCAGAAGUAGUGAAUUCAGAGAAGCGGCUUUUUGGUCGCUAUUAUCGUGUGGCAUUUUAUGGGCAGGGUUUUUUUGAAGAAGAGGAAGGUAAAGAGUAUAUCUAUAAGGAGCCUAAGCUGACAGGUCUCUCCGAGAUUUCCCAAAGACUACUCAAACUCUAUGCAGAUAAAUUUGGAGCAGACAAUGUGAAGAUAAUCCAGGACUCCAACAAGGUAAACCCCAAGGAUUUGGACCCCAAAUAUGCCUACAUCCAAGUGACCUAUGUCACACCGUUCUUUGAAGAAAAGGAAAUAGAUGACCGGAAGACAGAUUUUGAAAUGCAUCACAACAUCAGCCGCUUUGUCUUUGAGACGCCCUUCACGCUGUCAGGCAAGAAGCACGGUGGAGUGGCAGAGCAGUGCAAGCGGAGGACAAUCCUGACAACGAGUCACUUGUUCCCCUAUGUGAAGAAGAGGAUCCAGGUCGUAAGCCAGUCAAGCACUGACCUGAAUCCUAUUGAAGUGGCAAUUGAUGAGAUGUCCAAGAAGGUUUCUGAACUUAAUCAGCUCUGCACAAUGGAUGAGGUAGACAUGAUCAGACUGCAGCUCAAACUCCAAGGAAGCGUCAGCGUGAAGGUCAAUGCUGGGCCGAUGGCCUAUGCACGAGCUUUUCUUGAAGAAACUAAUGCAAAGAAAUACCCUGACAACCAAGUAAAACUUUUGAAGGAAAUCUUCAGGCAAUUUGCAGAUGCAUGUGGGCAGGCCCUUGAUGUGAAUGAGCACCUCAUCAAGGAGGACCAGCUGGAGUACCAGGAAGAACUGAGGUCCCAUUACAAGGACAUGCUCAGCGAGCUCUCUGCCAUCAUGAAUGAGCAGAUUACAGCCAGGGACGACCCAGCAAAGCGCGGGGUGGAGCGGCCCUGCACACGUGUAAUUAGCAAGGCGACACCAGCUGUGCCCACAGUCUCCAUCUCACCCAGCAGUGCUGAAGUUUGACAGGAGCUCUGUAGCAUCACACUCACCUCUCAGAGGACUUUCUGAAUUUGCAGCUAAUCUUGGGGAAGAGAAAGACAGAUUUAAUUUAUUUGAAGUUUUUAUGGUGUUCAUAUUUUUGUUUACCUCGCCAGCUUGAGAAUUUUGCCAGCCUAUGAAUUUGCACAGUUCCUAUGAAUUCUUUUUUUUUCCCUUCUGAGCAGUGUUGAUCAAGCCACACUGAAUAUUUGCCAUGAAAUUCCAAUGAAUGUGCAGCUCAAAAGCAAACUCUGAGUUUGCUGUGGAUUAUAGUAUGUUCAUUACCCAGUAUUAGUACAUAUAUUUUAAAGGUCAAAGUGAAUGUUUUUGUAACAUUGAAGCAUAUUUCAAAUGUAAAUAGAAGGUUGUAAAAUAUAUGGUUUUUACCAAAUUUAAAAGAAUGUUUUUAGUUAAGACUUAUGACCGUACUAAAAUUAUAUGAAUAACAUUUCAGAUACCAAUCUAUUAAAAUAUUUGUGUAUGUGUAAAAAGAUAUUGCUAAAUAUUAACCUUCAAAGUUUGUGGAGUACCUUUAUUUGUAAUAUAUGUGCUUUUAAAAGCGAUGAGAUGUGAAAUUAUAGAAGUAUUUUGUUGUUAAUAGAAAUAAAAAACACAGUUACUUUGCA